GUGAGCGCCAUCUGUUGGGAGGCGGCUACACCAGGAGGUCGAUGGGAGGAUCAGGCCAGCAGCAGCAGAACACCUCACAUUUAUUACAUUUUAUCCUUAUAUCCUCACCUCUCACGGUAUAAGUGAACAUAAACCAGGACGAUGACGGACUCCAAGUACUUCACGACCACCAAGAAAGGUGAAAUAUUUGAGUUGAAGUCUGAGUUAAAUAGUGACAAGAAGGAGAAGAAGAAGGAAGCUGUGAAGAAAGUCAUUGCUUCUAUGACUGUUGGUAAAGAUGUCUCAGCGCUCUUCCCUGAUGUGGUCAACUGCAUGCAGACAGAUAACCUGGAAUUAAAGAAGCUUGUGUACCUCUACCUUAUGAACUAUGCCAAGUCCCAGCCAGACAUGGCAAUCAUGGCUGUUAAUACAUUUGUUAAGGAUUGUGAAGAUCCAAACCCUCUCAUUCGAGCUCUGGCUGUGCGGACCAUGGGAUGCAUCCGCGUUGACAAGAUUACAGAAUAUCUCUGUGAACCACUGCGCAAAUGCUUGAAGGAUGAAGAUCCAUAUGUGCGGAAAACUGCAGCCAUCUGUGUCGCUAAAUUGCACGACAUUAAUGCCUCUAUGGUAGAAGACCAAGGAUUCCUUGAUCAGCUGAAGGAGCUUCUCUCUGAUUCCAACCCAAUGGUUGUAGCAAAUGCUGUGGCCUCCCUGACUGAAAUCAAUGAAGCCAGCAGCUCAGGCCAGCCUCUAAUGGAGCUUAAUGCUGCCACUAUGAACAAACUCCUCACAGCUCUCAAUGAGUGUACUGAGUGGGGCCAGGUGUUUAUCCUUGAUGCUCUUUCUCAGUUUAGUCCCAAAGAUGAGCGAGAGGCACAAAGGUUAGUUCUGCUUAUUCAGUUUUUAUACUUGUGUUUAUAG